AUCUCUCUCAGACUCACCGCAGAUCAUUUUAUAAUCUGCUGCCAUACACUGUCCCACUGAACCACCCACUUUGGGGUUCCGAGACCUGCAACAAACCCUACAGAGGGCUUGUGUGCGCGGGAGAGAAGCGUAGACGAGAGACCAAUAAUGACACUGGGUACAAUGACCACGAACCCUGAAGUACGAAGGUUCCGUCCCCGUCUACACUGCAUGUGGGAGACUAGCCGCUCUCGUCGACAUCUCUCGAGCUUCGUGACAGGUUUCCCGACAUUCUCUUAAUCAUACCAACUACAUUAACACAGGCCGCCUGUAUGCCUAAGAAAGCUUCUACUUCGAAGUGUGCAUAUGCGUGGGAGUGUACUGUAGACCGCCUGCCCUAAGUCGGUUAUUUCUCCUUGCAUUGCAAAGUGCUAAGGUGUCGGAUAGUCAACAUAAUUUUUCAGCACUUUGAUGUUGAGAUGCCACGACCCAUCAUCCAGAGUUUGUGUUUCAGUGGCGGAUGCCGCUGGUAUUACGGAACAAACACUACAGGAGGGUGGUCAGGAGCCCGGAAAAGAGAAGACCAACAGCCAAAACGUUGGCAGGAGAACGCAAAAGGCAACUGGACAGAAGCUCUAGCCAAAUAAAGGCAAAUACCUCAUAGCGCUGAAGCACAUGAUGGCAUGACGCCCAAAGGCACUCUUCGCGUAUCUCCCUUUUCGUCUUCUUGCAUAUACCUUUCUAUGGUACUAAAGGCUGAUAUCCGCUGUGAAAGCCGACAUAAUAACUCUCAAAGUGAUACUCAAUACUCUUUACCUUGGGAGUCAUGUCCCAGAGACGGGUGUCGUACUAUUAUGAUCCUGAUGUUGGAGCAUAUACCUAUGGACCACAACAUCCGAUGAGACCACAGAGGAUGAAGAUAACGCACGAGUUGGUGUCAGUGUAUGGGAUGUUGGACAAGAUGACUGUUCUGAGGGCGAAACGCGCUACUGCGGAACAGAUGACACGCUUUCAUACAGACGAGUAUGUGGAUUUCCUAGCCAGAAUCGCACCCGAGUUGACGCAUGAUGUCCCGUAUCAUGGCUCGUAUCCAAUGGCACUACAUGAGGACAACCCGCCGUGGGAAGGGUUAUUUGAGUUCUGUUCACUUAGUGCGGGAGGUUCGAUAGCGGCAUCCCAAAGAAUAGCAAGCGGCGCGACAGAUAUUGCAAUUAACUGGGCCGGCGGGCUGCACCACGCCAAAAAACGCGAAGCCUCCGGAUUCUGCUAUAUCAAUGACAUCGUACUUGGUAUACUUGAAAUGCUACGAGUCUUUCCUCGCGUCCUCUAUAUCGAUAUUGAUUGUCAUCAUGGAGACGGAGUUGAAGAAGCAUUUUACACGACGAACAGGGUCAUGACGUGCUCAUUUCACAAGUUUGGAGAGUACUUUCCUGGAACGGGAACGCAGGAUGACAAGGGCCGGGGGGAGGGGAGGGGAUAUGCAUUGAAUGUACCAUUCAAGGAUGGGUUAGGGGAUGACUCGUUAAAGAGUGUGUUUGAACCGGUCAUACGACGUGUAAUCGAAGUCUUCCAACCUUGCUCCAUAGUCCUGCAAUGCGGCGCCGACUCGGUCGCAGGAGACAAGUUGGGCUGUUUCAACGUCACCAUGAACGGACACUCCAAUUGCGUACAGUUCGUACGUUCAUUCGGGAUCCCUUUCAUGAUGGUGGGCGGUGGCGGAUAUACUGUCAAGAACGUCGCUAGAACAUGGACGUAUGAAACUGCAUGUGCACUUGGAGUGGAAAAGGAGAUUGAUCCAGUGUUGCCGUGGAAUGAGUAUUUCGAGUGGUUUGGACCAAGAUAUCGGUUAGAGGUGCUACCCAAUAAUAUGGAGGAUUUAAAUGUGAGGGAUAGCAGUUUGAAUAAAGUCAGAGAGAUCGCGAUGCAGCAGCUUCAGGAAAUCACACCCGCGCCUUCGGUGGCGCUGCAAGAUGUACCAAAGGAAAGCUUGGGUCAUCAUCUUGGGUUCUCGAGUCAUGAAAUAUCGGGACAUGACAGAUUAGAUGAACAGCUCGCACAACACUCGAGAUUCGUAUAUAACCUAAACGAUUCCUCUUCAACUUCCUCAGAUGAAUCGUCCGAGUACGACUCCGAUGCGUCAGAAUACUCACAAUCGCGGUCUCGCUCACGACAUGUGAAUAAGUCGACUCGAACGAAACGCGCAUCUCGAAAGGCAUACUCUUCAGGGUCAUAUGCACAGCAAAACUCCCAUUCGGCGAUGACAAGGGGGAAGAAGCGGAUGAGUAUCAUGACGAACCAGUGGGUGGACGCUUUAGCUUAUGAGUUCGGACUUGGACUUGGGCUUCACAUGCCUUCAAACAACACCUUACCCAGUGCAGCGUCGCCGACGCCAUCUACAAGAGAUAGCAGGGAAGGCGAAAGGGAGAGGGAAAAGACUGGGAAAACGAAAAGAAGAUUCUUUGAGAGUUCGGCGAGGUGGGAUGAAGGUGCGGGAAGGGUUCUGGUUGAGCAUGAGAGAGGGAUGUAUGAAAUUGAAAGGGAUCUUGGGUGGCAUACUGUCGUCAAUGGACGGCGGUGGAUAGAGAGUAGCGGGUCAGGGAGGGGUGACGGCGACGAGGGAAGGGAAGGAGACGAGAGUAUUGGGGGCGACGAUGAGCUGGGCGAGGGUGAAAUGGAUAUUGAUGAUGAGGAGAGCUAGCUUAAUGUUUGAUUUUCUGUCGAUGUGUGAUUGUUCUCCGAUUGCUUGCUUUCGUUGUGUUUUGCUGUAUUUAUAUUGUAAUAGAUUGUACGCGUAGUUUUACAUACUUACAUUUGAAAGGAAGACCUGAUUGAGCUG